UACUGAAAACAGAAUCAACGAUGUCUGGAAGAGGAAAAGGAGGCAAAGGUCUUGGAAAAGGAGGCGCCAAGCGUCAUCGCAAGGUUCUCCGCGAUAACAUCCAAGGAAUCACGAAGCCCGCUAUCCGUCGCCUGGCUCGCCGUGGUGGUGUGAAGCGUAUUUCUGGUCUCAUCUACGAGGAGACUCGUGGUGUGCUGAAGGUUUUUCUGGAGAACGUGAUCCGUGAUGCCGUCACCUACACCGAGCACGCCAAGAGAAAGACCGUAACCGCCAUGGAUGUGGUCUACGCGCUUAAACGCCAGGGUCGUACUCUGUACGGUUUUGGCGGUUAAUUCUUGGUUCCAUUUCAAAUCUACACAAAAGGCUCUUUUAAGAGCCACCCAUAUUUUACAAUCAAAAUGUAUAUUAUUCCUCA